AUGUUGCUCAACAGAAUUUACCCAAAUUCAGAGGAUGAGACCCCCAAAACGUCUCCAGGGCCCAUCUGGGUCCCCAUAGAGAUGCAGUACCAGCUGGGGGAGAGGACAGAGAUGAAAAUAAAGGAAGCGGGAGCUGCCUGUAUAGAAGAGACAACUGUCACAGAAGAUUACUAUGACACUGAAGAGUUCCAGCUAGCUAGCAGGCAAACCUGGCUGAGUAAGCAAAACGGCCAAUGGAGACUGAUCUUAGAACAGUAUGACGACAGUAAAUACAACGACGCUGUCACUGAUCGUGUCUUUCGACGUGAGGAUGGCCCACAAAAAUGUGGAAGCGAAAACAAAACAAUCGAACCGAGACCCGCGUUCACAGAAAAAGAGGAUUCAAUGGGUGGAUCUCAGGGUGCGAGUGAAAUAAAAGGCGAAAAUAAAUGUAUCGGUAGUGAUGUCAGAGAGCCGAAAGACAGUCAAGGUCAGAGCGAAGCCUCGUGUUCAACACCUCAAAGACUGAACGAGAGUCCGUCCUCUUCUCUUCAUUCUGACAGGCUUCGAUAUGUCGAACUUAUCACGCAUGGUUCCAUCAUUAAACAUCUAGUUCAAGUUCUGAAAGUUCCUCUAAAACCACAGCAUGAGCAGGACAUGACCAUGGAGGACAUUCUAGAAAUGGCCCACAUCCAGAUGUUUGGCAGCUGGACAGUGAAAAAAACACUAAAGUACUUACUGCCAGGGCAGUGCAUGCUGGUGAUGGAGAGAAACUACACCAUACCAGGUAGUGAAUCCACAGCGGUUCUGUCUAUGAAUGCUGAUGUUCUGAAUGUCAGCAGUGAACUGGAGAAAAUGGAUAAGAUUGCUAGUGAGUUGGAUCUGAGGCACAAGCAGUGUUGA